AUGUCAAGUGAUAAAAAGAAACCGUCUGGUUUUGAAUUUAGAAAACGAAAAGCGGAGAAAAUUCAGCAAUUAGAACAUGAUAAAAAGUUUAUGGAUAUUAAAAAAUAUAUAAUUCAAAAAGGAAAAGACGUAAUCCCUGAAGACUGUAUAAAAGUUCCUUCUGAAUCAAGUAUUUCCGAAAGUGUUUCCACGGAAUUAGUGAAUGACAUACAUGAAAUUGAAAAUAAAGAAAUAGAUUUAAAUAGUGUACAAGAUACGAAAAACGAGGAUAUUAUUGACAAUUCACAAGAGAUUUUACAGUUGUCUGAUUGUGGAAAUUGGCCUACCAUUCGAAAUAAUAGUCUUAUCGAUGAGUUGAUUAAAGGAGGUCCAAAUCAAAUUAAAAUUGACAAUUACCCUCAAAAUGGAGAAGGUCGACAUUUUUCAAACUCAUAUUAUACUAGAAAACUUUCAAAUGGCGAAGUACUUUGCAGACGAUGGUUAGUGUACUCUCUUUCGCGAGAUUGCGUAUUUUGCUUUUGCUGUCGACUUUUUGACAACAAAUCUAUUUCAAAAUUCGUUGGUGAUGGAUUCAAUAAAUGGAAAAAUUUAUCAGAAUAUCUUUCAAUUCAUGAGAACAGUCUUUCUCAUAAAAAAGCUUACCGAAUGUGGAUAGAAACAGAGAUGAGGCUAAAAACAGGAGAAACUAUCGAUAAAGAGGAAUUAAAAAUUAUUAAAAAAGAGAGUUUGCGAUGA